GUCAUGAAUACCUUACCUCCGUCGGACUGCAAAAUGAACGGAACAUUGAAUUGUUCUAACAGUUAUGAGAAGGAUAUGUGGAGAGAGAUAUUUGUGUGGUGUUUGGUGUCGAGUCUAGUAAUUCACUUCGUGUCGGGACUACUUGCUUGGUACAGUUUGGGAGGUCAUCCCAUCGCUGUGUACGCUCUUCCUUCUUUCAUCAUAGCUGGAUUCUUUACCCCUCUCUUUGCGGGAACUAUUACAAGUGCAGUUAUAGUAUUUGUUUAUAAAUCAGCGCAAUUUACAAUGUCAUCUUUAGACGCUUUUCUGUGGGGUGUGGGACAGACAAUCGUGUAUACACUAGUUGCUGUUUCUAGAAUUUAUGUCACUCUUUGAAGUUCAGUUUUUGUUCAUAUCAUGACGAAGUUUGUUAAUCAGCUUGCAUGGUUCUGAUGUACUCAAUUUUGAAUCUUGAGAAGUAUUAGAUCUUUUCUUAAUUAAUUGAUAUAUUUCGUUAAAUAUUUUUGUCGAGAAAGUUGUUUAUAGUCCGUCUUGCUUGACAGUAUGUUGAAAUUGGGAACCAAAACUUGCCUUAGUUAGUGAAUGACAGAUAAUUUGUUUGAUUUUUUAUUUGUGUAAAUGAUUUUCUUUAUAUUAUCUUAUUGUA